AUGAUUGCAUCAAAUCCAUUGACCAGUACUUUAAGUUCAGGCGAUCAUUACGAGCAUCCAGUGAUAGAAACGUGUGGAUUCGCUUCGUUAACAUUCUUCGGUGGUAUACUAUUGGGUAUAGUUCUCACUAUCUGGCAAUUAGUCCACCAAUUAGUGAACCCAACCAAUAGACCGAGAAGUGCUCGAGAAGUGGCUGAGGCCAGAAUUGGGUUGAAAAAACCUCCCGUUGUGUUCAGGGCUAUACAUGUGAGGAAACAAUUUGUUAAUAUAAUGAUAUCCGAAUUUGAGACCCAUUCCGUACAGAAUCGGCACCUGAAGUGCGGCCUCACAUCUGGACACAUGAAGUCCUCAACGGGACCGCAAGGACAGGCCUCGGCGUCUUCAAACACAUCGGCAAACCAAAUGCACAUGACACAACUGUUGGCAAAAUUCCAGUCAUAUAAACUUACGAUGUCAGUCGCUAGUCUGACUGCGUUUAAAAAUUAUGCGUCAAAUUGCAAACAACGUAAACCAUAUGCUUUUUGCGGCGCGAAGACAGUGGUCGGCACCCAAUGGUACUACGAUCUCAGGAAAGACAAAUGCAUGCCAUUUAAGUACUGCCUUAACGCCGAGGAAAUUGACAUCAAAAGGACUUCAUUGGAAAAUAGAUUCACUUCUGAACUUCAAUGCGAAUAUCUAUGCCAUAAAAAAAAGCACAUCAAGACAUCGAAGACAAUGACUGAUAAAUUAAAUCAAAUGCUUUUGAAGCGCCUAAAGAAGACCAUUUCGGUUCACUAUCAGCAGAGAAACUCACUUCAAGUGCAGAGUUUCAGUCAAUUUGAAAUGAAAGAUCCGUCGAGAUGUAAGCGCCAGAAGUCCUAUAGUUUCUGCGGCUCUCACACCACACCUCAUGUUCACUGGUAUUAUAAUAAACGCCUGAAUCGAUGCCAACCCUACACUUUCUGCGAAGUUGUCGACUAUAAACCAUUGAAUCCAUACCAUAAAGCACCUGAUGGUGGCUUUGGUUGGAUUAUAGUGUUUGCAUCGUUUAUGAUUAGUUUUAUUGGCGACGGUUAUGCCUACACUACGGGUCUAUUUUACGCACAAUUUCUCGUUGAAUACAAAGAGUCCGAAUCCGUUACUUCACUCUUUGACUCCAUUAUGACUGGAAUGAUGUAUUGCUCGGGUCCGGUGGCCAGUGGUUUGACCGCUACCUUCGGGUGCCGCACAGGUCUGGGCCUCUUAUACUUACCACAAGUAAUGAUAAUCACGUAUUGGUUUGACGAUCAUUUGGCACUCGCCACAGGAAUUGGUGUUUGCGGUUCAGGUUUAGGGAUAUCUGUGUUCGCAUUACUAUCGGAGCACCUGAUUGUGACCUACGGUUGGAAAGGAGCUAUGCUUUUGUUAUCGGGUUUAAUGUUUACUUGUAUCGCAUUUUCGGCUUUCUUUCGUAAAGUAGAUUAUAUGGAAGAGAAGAGUGAUCUCAAGUCAGCCCUCAAAGAGACCUUCAAUUUUAAUAUACUAAAGGAUAUGGUGUUUCUGUACUACGGUUUUGCCAGCUUUCUUAACGGCACCGUAUUUUACGUUCCCAUCAUUUUCCUCAAAGACCACGUCGUGAAGACAGGUAUGGGUACCGGCGCUGACGCCGUCAAUCUGAUGGUGAUAUUCGGUUUCUGUAAUGCUUUCGGUCGCGUAUUCUUCGGAUAUAUCGCUGACUUUCAAUCGCUAAAUCGUAUACUACUCUACGGCCUCUCGAUAAUAACGUACGGCAUAGCCAUAGGUCUGAUCGCGGCCUUUAGUAUUGAUAAUUAUAAGAUUAUGGUCUUUGGUAUCAUUGUGUUUGGUAUGGCUAAAGGCGCUUUUAUUACACUAAUGUCUGUAGUAAUUGUGGAUCUGUUUGGUAUGGAGAAAGUGACAAAUGUGUUGGGAGUCGUGAAUCUCAUCUUCGGACAAGUAUUCGCGCAGUUGCGGCGCGGGGACAGCUAUGGGAGAAGUACUGCGGUGGACUUCUGCGGGCCGAUAGUGUCCACUUGUCUUCAGUGUAACAAAGAAUAG